UUCGCUCACAUGUUAGGGGGGUGCAAAGAAAUAUUCAAUUACAGUUUACUGAGUAUAUAUGACAGUUUUGAUUCUGUGGGCCACUUUUAAUUCACAUAUAAAUGUUUACUAUUGAUGGAGUUCACCAUCUGGUGUUGUUGGUAACAAAAAUAUAUUUACUAUUCUUACCAUGCCGGUCGAGACCACCAAGUCAGUGACGACAAACGAUAGGAUAUUGUUAAGUUCAACAUGUUCAGGCAAGACGGACCGGAAGUUAGCUAUUUUUGACGCUAGAAAAGAAUGAAUGGACAUUUUCAAACUUCUUAAUGAGAGGUAAUAUAAAAGUCUUUGUUGUUACUCUUCUUUGUGAAUCAGUCUUUUGUGUUGUUAUUUUGUUGUAUAUUUCUUAUGUAGUGAUAUGUAUACUUCUUUGCCACAUCGUAAUUUUAAUUUAAAAACUGACACCGGAUGAAUAACGUUUGUGAUUAUGUGGCCUGACAUUCUGCAGUCAAACUGGAAGCCAAACAACUAACUGGGAUUUGAAGCAUCUUACGUGUCACUACGAGUCCUGCUGUCUGGACAUCUACCCAAAAGAGCUGUGGAUCGCUACACUUUAGUUUUUUGGUUGUUGUUGUUGUUGUUUUUUUUUUAAUAAAAACCUUGUUUACCUACUUUUUCGAAGACCACAAGCGGGAACAGGGCCGCAUGGCUAGAUGGUCGAGUGGUCGUCACCCAACCUGACGGUUGCAGAUAUCUAGCUGUGUGUCGGACGGACAGCGCCUUAAGUCCACACUCGAUGUCCUUCCUUUCCCGCUCAAGCUUGACCAAGUCGCCCCUUGCGUAGUAAGCGAAUAGCACAGACGAGAGGUUGCUUCUGGAGUCGUCAUUGAUGAGACCUAACUGCCCCCAGUAGCGGUUGAUAAAGAAAGCAUGAAGGCUUUAAUCUUGGUCGGGGGCUACGGUACGCGUCUGCGACCUCUCACCCUGAGCGUCCCCAAGCCACUAGUGGACUUCUGUAACAAGCCCAUCCUGCUUCACCAGGUGGAGGCCCUGGUCAAGGCUGGAGUUAAACACGUGGUCUUGGCAGUGAGCUACAUGUCCGAGCUGCUGGAGAGAGAGAUGAGAGUCCAGGAGCAGCGACUUGGCAUCCGUAUCUCCCUUUCACAUGAGAAGGAGCCUCUUGGAACAGCGGGUCCGCUGGCGUUGGCUCGGGAGCUGUUGGACGUUGACAACGAGCCCUUCUUCGUCCUCAACUCGGACGUCAUCUGUGACUUUCCCUUCCAAGAUCUGCUGCAGUUCCACCGCAACCAUGGCAAAGAGGGAACCAUUGUGGUGACAAGGGUAGAGGAGCCCUCGAAAUACGGCGUGGUGGUGUUUGAGGCAGACAGCGGCAGGAUCCAUCGCUUUGUGGAGAAGCCUCAGGUCUUUGUCUCCAACAAGAUCAACGCUGGCAUGUACAUCUUUAAUCCCAGCAUGCUCGGCAGGAUCCAGCUCAGACCAACAUCCAUAGAGAAAGAGAUUUUUCCUGUCAUGGCUGAGGAGGGACAGCUGUACGCCAUGGAGCUGCAGGGUUUCUGGAUGGACAUUGGUCAGCCCAAAGACUUCCUGACAGGAAUGUGUAUGUACCUGCAGUCGCUUCGGCAACACGCCCCUGAUAGGCUGCGCACAGGGCCCGGUUUCCUUGGCAAUGUUCUAGUGGACCCGACUGCUCAGAUCGGUGAGAACUGCACCAUCGGGCCCAAUGUGACCAUCGGCGCCGGCGUGGUGGUGGAAGACGGUGUGAGGAUAAAGCGCUGCACAGUGCUGAAAGCAGCCAGAGUCCGUUCACAUUCCUGGCUGGAGAGCUGCAUUGUGGGAUGGAGCUCCUCUGUGGGCCAAUGGGUCCGCAUGGAGAACGUGACCGUGUUGGGAGAGGAUGUGAUUGUCCACGACGAGCUUUAUCUCAAUGGCGCAAACGUCCUGCCGCACAAAUCCAUUAGUGAGUCGGUCCCAGAACCGCGGAUCAUCAUGUAGCAUCAUGGGGAAGAAGACACGCAGCCGUCUUCUUCUGCGAACUCAACUGAAGAUCCAAACUGAGCCUGAGUGAGUCAGUGGUACCAAGGAGGAGCGGAGGAACCAGAGAAUCCUUUUUUCUUUUUCUUUAUUGUUUUAAACAAAUGUGGACUUUAUCCCUGCUCGGCUGCAUCUUCCAUCACUUGCUGGGUGAGGUUGAGAUCUUGUGAUAAAGGCAGCAGGAAGGACCAUGUGAUGCUGCAAGUUAAAUGUCUGAGUGUUGAACAUUACUUUAAUAGAGGAAGGUGGGGGCAUGUGUGUAUAUUGACAGAGCUGCUGUUUAGACUCAGUCAGUAAAGGACCACACUUCAUCACCACGUCAAUGCACUGAAAUGAUGAGCACCUUUUAGCGGUUUCUGCUGAGCUGCCGUCAGUACUUUGAUUGGCCGCUAGAGGGCAGCAGAGCAAUUCUGAACAGAUAAUGGUUCCCAUAGAAAAUAAUGGAAAGAGAAAGGUCAUACUCAUGCCAUCAUAUAUUUAACAGGUUAUUUUUUAAACUAACUAAUUAGUUACUGUCAUAGAUUUAUAUGGCAAUCGUGUCUUCCUUGUUAGUCAUGUCAACUGAUCUACCUUACAUGUUCAUCAUCACCAUCAUACAUUGCAAAAAUAACUCUUUAAUACUAUGCAGCUGUAGUUGCACUGCAGUGAAACCAAAUCACGUGUUAUUCCAGUCUGAGUUGAAGGCGGUUAAAGGAGGAUUACGUCUUGUGCAGCAAACAAGAUGAGCAGUAAAAAAAAUGAAUGAUCCAAUCACAUACAUAACAAAUAAUGUUUGUCAUUGUUUUAAAUCUGGAGAAGAAUGAACGUUAAUCAAUUAUGAUCACAGCAUUAAAGCUAACACUUUUAAAUACAGUGUUCCCUUGUUUAUCGCGGCGAUAGGUUCCCAAAAUAGCCCGCAAUAAGUGAAAUCCGCGAAAUAGCCAACUUUGUGGGUUUUUUUACAAUUAUAUACUGUGGAACCCCUCACCAUACACUUUAUAAACUAUUCUCAGACAGGCAUUAACAUUUUCUCGCAUUUAUCUCUUGUUUAAACACUCAAAAAAGUUCAAACCUUCUUUCAAAUUUUGAUGAUCACCACAAGAAAUUAUUUCACUCCUGUCACCGUGCCUUUUUGUCCUGGCGCCGUUCCGCUGUACUGUAGCGUUUUUGUAUCUUUGUUAAAACAUAUUGCUGACGAACCGGGGAUUCAUUUACAAGCUAGCAAGCGAACAAGCAAGCUAGCGAUGACACAGGAGACACGGCAGGACGGCACGAAGGAGGUUGACGGACGAUGGUCCACAGCCUACCAGGAUGCAGAAAACAAUGGGUGGUGCAGACAGACAGAGGGGAAAGAGAUAGACAGUCAACUUCCCACAAUGCCAUUCUUCUUAAAGGGCCAGGCUCGGCCUGUAACAGCUUGCAUACCGGUAAAAAAAACAAGAAGCACUAAAAAACAUAGGCGAAACAGCAAAUUCGAAAGGUGAACCGCGACAGAGCGAGGGAACACUAAACACACUCAAUCUGACUUGAGGUCAUUAUGGGUGCUGCGGUUCGGCCCAUCAGCCAGCCAAUCUUAAGUUAUCCUUUAAGGAGGAGGGGUAAUAAAAAAGUAAAACACCUUGAAUGCAAACUUUGCCCUCAGAAUGAGCAUCAGUGGUCUCCUUGAAGGUCACAUUGUUGCCUUUAAUGAACAACGUCCAUCUUCUAGGGCUGUAACGGGAAGUAAAAUCAUCAGACACCGAAGCAGAUGAGGUCAGAGGUCAUGAAUAUCUGCACUGAUGAUGUCACAUUGUUUGCUGUUGUGACUGAACAAAGUUGUGAUGAUGAAGUAUUUUCUAAGACAAUAAUAUAACAGUCCAC